AAAAACAUGGAGGGACCAGGCGAGAUCAGGAAAAGAAAACGAAAUCACUGAAUAAACAAGCAGCCAGUGGCGUGGCUGUGAUUUCUGAAUUUAGCUGGCCUUUCCAACUUCCUCGCCCGCUACCGCGAUGGCCCAUGCCGAAGUGGAAUGCGCGGUUUCGAUUUGGGAUAUUUAAAGAAGUGACGAAAGCCUACAGCUCCACCCGUCGGAUGUCUGAGGCGAACCGAGUAAGGUACCAUAAAGAGAGAGGAACUGAAAGUGAGGACGCGAUAUCGAACAAACGUGAAGCCCGCAAAGAGUUUUUGGUGCAAACAUUAGACAGUAAACCGGGGAAGAGAGGAAUAAAAUCCAAGAGCCUCACGCGCCACCCUGAAUUAAACCACCAAGCACACGCCCACCUGCUGGAAGUCUCGUUGACGCUGAGAAUGCGCGAGACCCGAGCGACUCGAGUUUGAAUCCCGCUCGCGGGCGGGGAUGAGUGACCAGAUUCGCGAGCCCGGCUGGCCGUCCGUGCACGCGCAAGCGUAGGCAAGAAACUCAGUUUCAUUACUGUCGGAGGAGGUUUGCUCUUCUUUCUACCAUCUCUUUCCGAUCUCCGUCUUAAUCCUUUUUCCCCUUCCCACCCCUCCCCACCUUCCCUCCCUCCACCGGUACUGAAUUUGUCUAGGUUACCCUCACUCCCUCCUUCUUUUCCCCCACCCUCUUGUUCCCCUCCCGGACAUGGCUAGCGAGAGUAGUCCGACGCCUGAAUCUCCGCCACCGCCGCCGACCGUUGAACAAGAUCAGAGCUGUGGCCUAUGCGGCAAAAUGGAGAAAUUGCUGCUCUGCGGGGGUUGCAAAAGAUCGUUCUACUGCAGUAAAGAGCACCAGAAGAUGGACUGGAAGAAACACAAGCAAGUCUGUAAAGAGGCGGCGAGACGACAGGGCGACGACACACGAAACGCUUCGGCGAUCAGCAACCACCGUCCGGCGCGGCCACUGCCGAAGCCAGCUUCGGUCAAUGGACAGCCGGCGGAGAAGAAUGAAGAGGCGACAACUGCAUCCCAUCUGGUACCCGGGGCCGGCAUCGGCUGCCGGAGUCACCGGGGCCAGCACGGAUUGAGCGGCGGCAGCUCCCAGAAACUGGUUCAGGAGUACAUCGUGCCGUGUAUGAGCAAGCACGGAAUCUGCGUGGUGGACAACUUCCUGGGAGAGGAGAUGGGUGACAGUGUGCUGAGGGAGGUAAAGGAACUGCAUCGGAGCGGCCAGUUCACCGAUGGCCAGGUGGUCAACCAGAAAGGGGACUCCUCGAAGGACAUCCGGGGCGACCAGAUCACCUGGAUGGACGGGAAGGAGCCUGGCUGCAUGCAGAUCGGGCUCUUAAUGAACAGCAUGGACGAUCUGAUCAGGCACUGCAACGGGAAACUCGGCAAUUAUAAUAUUAACGGCAGGACGAAAGCAAUGGUGGCAUGUUACCCAGGCAACGGAACAGGAUAUGUUCGCCAUGUUGAUAACCCUAAUGGAGAUGGACGAUGUGUCACAUGUAUAUAUUAUCUGAAUAAAAACUGGGAUGCACAGAUUUCGCCAGCUUUGAAUCGGUUCAAAAAUGCAGACGGUAGCUUACCCUUGUCACUCCGACGCAAGAGAUCUUGGAAAGAGUGCCACACAGUUUCCAUUUACAUUGAGAACUUAAAUUUGGUAAAUGGAGGUCUUCUUCGAAUUUUUCCAGAAGGAAAAUUACAGUUUGCUGAUAUUGAACCAAAGUUUGACAGGCUGCUAUUUUUCUGGUCCGAUCGACGCAAUCCUCAUGAAGUUCAACCUGCUUAUGCCACAAGGUACGCUAUAACAGUCUGGUACUUUGAUGCAGAUGAGCGAACACGAGCUAAAGACAAAUAUUCAACAGGUGAAAAGGGAGUUAAAGUUGAGUUAAAUAAACCUUCAGAACACAGUUCAAAAGAAGCUUGACAUUUCUUUCUUCCUUGUCCAUAUCUGUCGAGAUAUAAGGCUUACCUUAAGAAGGUUACCAGAUGAGUGGAUGAAGAAUUACAAUAACUGCUGCUUGUGAUUCAAAGAUGGGAAUUCAGCAACAAAGAAAUCUCUUACAAGACUGGACCUUGAAUUCAGAGGCUUUGCGCUGCAUUAUCUGUCUCUUGGAAGUACUCAUUUCAAGUGAAGAAUGCCAUGGUUGAAGCAGUAAUGAAAGUGGAGUGAAGUUGUGGCACAGACGUGCCUGAAAUAAUUGAAAUGCUCUUAAUUUGUCAAUUAUAAUUUAUCUGAUUGUCACAGGCUGCAGUUCCUCUAUUUUUGUUGAUUGGAAUUUUGGGAUAAUUCGCAUAAAAUGUAUGGUGAGGUUAGAACAAGAAAACUGCAGUAUCGAUAUCCAUGAGGAAAGUGUUGAUUUACCUGAUUUCACCAAUAUAGUAAUUUAAUUAACUAACUGGAGAGAAAAUAUAAGCAUUUUAGAUUUAAAUCCAGAGUAUCUUUUAGUGGCAGCCACUUGCCACUUGCCACAAGCUGUGAAAAAAGACAUUCCUCCAGUUGAGAACAAUGGAAACAUUCACACUCCAUUUGACUCUUCUGUUUUUCUCUUUUUUGCUUUUUCUUGACCAUUUUCCAUUCUAUUUCCAUUUUAUUAAAAUUCAUUUUCAAUCUGCAACUUUUUGUUUAAAAUCCAUCAGUGUGCCUCCAACAUCUGCAGCGAAUUGGCUGCAACUACAGCUAUCUGCCACUGGAAAUGCUUAUUACCAGACCAAUGUUGUUGUUUAUGGUGAGACACUAAGUAUUAGAGCGAGAAACUGAAUAGGAUUUUAUUCCUGAACUUAAAGUUACAAUUUGAAGCAUCUGAAGGAUUAAUUAUUUGUGAUAUAUUGUUCUAAAAUAGUUGCAAAACAUUUUUGAACAUGCUAACCAAUAUCUAGAAUUUUACUUAAUUUUAACCCAAGAUGUCAAACACUUGAAUUGGUUUGAAUUAUGGUCCAUCUUCAUAUAUAUUUUCUUAAACUACGCUUUUGAAGCAGUUUCAUUACAUCACUGACCAUUACAUCCUCAUUUUUUUCAAUCAAUCUAAAUUUUAAUAUUUGAAUGAAAAAUAAAUCAAUGAACCAGUUUUAUAAACCAAUGAAUUUUCACUUCUGGAUAUUCCUUCCUGAUGGUGUUCAGUUUGGGUACUUUUCUCUUUGAAGCUGCAUUCACAUAAUGCUGUGUCACAUGUAUUCAGUGCUUGGAGAUAAAUCAAUACCAUGGUGCUUUAAUGGCUUUUCCAAACGGUAAGCACCUGUCUGUUUUCUUUUUCUGACAGUAUAUUUUAAAAUGCCCUUUGAUAGCUGCAUAGCAAAGAGUUAUACAGCAUGCACAUAAGAUAGAGUUGGUAUUUACUAUGUUUGAUAUUAUAAAAUAAAUUGUUAAUUAUGAAAUGAACUGCUAGCUUGUAAAACUUGCAAAAAAAUUAAAUCCUUUGUUUACUGAAA